AUGUCGAAUCACCGUCAACAUCAACAUCAACGCCAACACCGCCGUCACAAUCGCCAACACAACAUAUCCUCUCCUUUGACGGCCCCGCCAUCACCGCCAUCACCGCCAUCACCGCCAUCACCGCCAUCACCACCAGCAACGUCGGCAGAACCAGAACCAUAUGCCUGCCCACUCUGUGGCUGCGGUCUAUGCAGCUGCGCGGGCCUAUGGCUCCCAUCACCACCCCCCUUUACUUACAUCCCAUUCGACACCCACGGCAAGGGCCAAAUUGCGCAAGAUGCGCACAUAGGCGCUUGGGUGUAUCAUAUCGAUCCCUGGACGCAAGAAUUCUGGUGGCUCGAGACGGCUGCUGGGCAGGGUGCUGGCGAGAUCGUGGAGCACUUGGGUUGUGCAAGCGGAGAGGGGGAAGCGGAGCACGGUGAUCCCGUGGAAAUGGGGACGGGAGAGGUAGGUGGAUGUGGAGAUGGGGAUGGGGCUGAGAGCGGUGAUUACGACUGGAGUGGUAAUGGGGUGGUGCAGCUGAUGGCGGAGGAGUCGCCGUGUGCAUUUUGUGGACGCGAGUGCUUUUGUCAGUUUUUGAAGUUUUUGGAGGAUGAGUGA